AUGUCUUACAACCAGCAACCAUACAAUCCGGCCUACCAGAAUCCGUACCCGCAGCAGCAAUAUCAGGGACAGGGACCACCGCCGCCGGGAUUCAAUAUGGGCGGUCAACAGAAUCAGAGUAAUCAGGGCGGUGCCUACUUCGCUCCACCGCCACCAAUGCACGGUGGAAUGUUCAAUCAAAUGGAGAACGGACAGCAAGGAGGGGGCGGAGACAACCCGGACGGAAAAUAUUCGUUCCAAUUCUCGGAUAAAACGAUUCGCGCCGCGUUCGUUCGCAAAGUUUUCAGUUUGGUAUUCAUUAUGUUAUGCAUCGUCGCCGCCGUCACCGUCGUCCCAUGGGUUCACGAUCCGACGAUGAAGAUGGUGCGAAGAAAUACGGCACUCUAUUUGGGAUCAUAUGUCAUCUUCUUCGUGACCUACCUCUCAUUGGUCUGCUGUGAGGGUGUCCGCCGCAAGUUCCCAGCCAAUCUCAUCGUCACUGGAAUCUUUACACUCGCCACUUCCGUCAUGACGAUGGUCAUCUCGGCGCAUCACGACGCGAACGUCGUCUUGUUGGCUCUGGCGAUUUGUAUCGGAUGCACACUGUCGAUUAUCGCGUUCGCCUCGCAAACUAAAUUCGAUUUGACAGCUGAAAACCGCGACGCCUCUAGAGAAAACCGCGACGCCUCUAGUGGAAACCGCGACGCGUCUAGUGAAAACCGCGACGCCUCUGGUGAAAACCGCGACGCGUCUAGUGAAAACCGCAACGCGUCUAGCGAAAACCGCGACGCGUCUAGUGAAAACCGCGACGCCUCUUGUGGAAACCGCGACGCCUCUAGUAAAAACCGCGACGCCUCUAGUGAAAACCGCGACGCCUCUGGUGAAAACCGCGACGCCUCUGGUGAAAACUGCGACGCCUCUAGAGAAAACCGCAACGCGUCUAGCGAAAACCGCGACGCGUCUAGUGAAAACCGCGCCGCCUCUUGUGGAAACCGCGACGCCUCUAGUGAAAACCGCGACGCCUCUAGUAAAAACCGCGACGCCUCUUGUGGAAACCGCGACGCCUCUAGUAAAAACCGCGACGCGUCUAGCGAAAACCGCGACGCCUCUAGUAAAAACCGCGACGCGUCUAGCGAAAACCGCGACGCCUCUAGUAAAAACCGCGACGCCUAUUGUGGAAACCGCGACGCCUCUAGUAAAAACCGCGACGCCUCUAGUGAAAACCGCGACGCCUCUAGAGAAAACCGCAACGCGUCUAGUGAAAACCGCGACGCCUCUUGUGGAAACCGCGACGCCUCUAGUGAAAACCGCGACGCCUCUAGUAAAAACCGCGACGCCUCUUGUGGAAACCGCGACGCCUCUAGAGAAAACCGCGACGCGUCUAGUGAAAACCGCGACGCGUCUAGUGAAAACCGCGACGCCUCUAGUGAAAACCGCGACGCCUCUAGUGGAAACCGCGACGCCUCUAGCGGAAACCGCGACGCCUCUUGUGGAAACCGCGACGCGUCUAGCGAAAACCGCGACGCCUCUAGAGAAAACCGCGACUCUCCUAUUAGAAAUCGCGACGCCUCUAGUGGAAACCGCGACGCCUCUUGUGGAAACCGCGACGCGUCUAGCGAAAACCGCGACGCCUCUAGAGAAAACCGCGACUCUCCUAUUAGAAAUCGCGACGCGUCUAGUGAAAACCGCGACGCCUCUGGUGAAAACCGCGACGCGUCUAGCGAAGACCACGACGCGUCUGGUGAAAACCGCAACGCGUCUAGUGAAAGCCGCGACGCUCACAUGGGAUACAUCUUCAUCAUCUCAAUGUGCUUCAUGAUGUUCGGACUCGUCGUUGUCGUCUGUUCGAUGUUCUUCCGCAUCAAAUUCCUCAUAAUGAUCUACGCGUUGGGCGGUGCACUCAUCAUGAUGCUCUACCUCUUCCUCGAUAUUCAAAUGAUGAUGGGCGGGAAAAAGUACGAGAUUUCACCGGAAGACUACAUCUUCGCCGCCGUUCAAAUCUUCAUAGACAUCGUUCAGAUGUUCUGGUAUCUCCUCACUCUCUUCGGAUCCAGGUAG